AUGAAACUUCAUGCGGAGUUCAAACCAGAUGGUAUAGACGACUUUUCGCACAUUUUGAAGGGGCUGAAAGAUUUUUCGUCCUUUGCCAUGGAAAAUUCCUUCCUGUGCUUCAAAUUCUCGGAAAAAUAUCUGUACAUAUUUGGAAACGAAAAGAAGCACGUAGAAAUAUUUAUAAAGAUUAGCAUGGAUGAUUUAUUUUACGAUAAUUUUAUUUUAAAAAGUGCAACGGAUAAUGAAAUCAUCAUCCUCGUUUAUAUCUUCCAAAUAUACGAUAUCUUUAAGAACGUUUCAAAGAGUACAAAAAUAACUAUUGAUUUAUUUGAUAAAAAUGGCAUAUGCAUUUUGCUGUUCAAGCAUCAGUGCAGCGUGAAUAAAAAUGCCUUCUCCAUUAAUUGCAAGUUAAAAAAAUGCUGCAAAAUUUUGAAUACCUAUUCGAAAUUUCAGGCAGACAAGGUGGAACUAAACUUCAAUAUUGCCAACAAACACUGUGAUGUUGUUUUCCUGCUGGAUUCAAUAACCACGAAGAAUGUCACCACGCUGAAAAAUAAUUACGUACUAAAAGAUUUCAUGGAUAAGCAAGCCAAACAGGAAAAGGACCAAAAUAAUGGGAAAUUUCAUUUGAAAAAAGUUAUAUAUAUUAAAACUUUGACGAAAGCUUUGAACAUCCUCAACGAAUGCAGAAAUAACAAAGACGAUGUUGGCAUAUUUAAAAUUAUCGUGCCUUACAACAAAUGUUGGUUUGCUUUAAAACUGGGGCAGUUCGAAUCUUCUGGUAACUGGAAGGUGCUUAUUGUGAUUACCGAUCUGAGUCUAGAUUUGUAA